AUGGAAUCACUCCGGAGCCGGGUGGAGUCGUGGAUCAAGGAUCAGACCGCGAGGAUUGGGGUCGCCUGGCCACCGUCGCCGCCGCAGUGGCGGUGGCCGCCGUGGAAGGGGCGGCACGACCGGCGGGAUCAGGAACAGCGGCUCCGGGAGGAGUUCGAACGCCGGCUCCUCGACCUCUGCCGCACCGUCAAGGCCGAUUCCGUCGCCGACCUCCAGGAGGUCCUCUGCUCCAUGGUCCUAUCCGAAUGCGUCUACAAGAGGCCUGCCACCGAAAUGAUUCAAUUUAUUAACAAGUUCAAGUCAGAUUUUGGAGGACAUAUCGUAUCUCUUGAGCGUGUUCAACCUUCUUUGGAUCAUGUACCUCACCGGUAUCUAUUAGCUGAGGCAGGUGACACACUAUUUGCUUCAUUUAUUGGAACUAAGCAAUACAAAGAUGUCAUAGCUGAUGCAAAUAUACUUCAAGGGGCCAUAUUCCAUGAUGAUAAGGACGAGGAUUUUGAUUUGAUUGAUGCUGUUGAACUUGAAAGUGAGCAAACAGAUGGCCAAAAAAAGAUUGAAGAAAAUUUCGGGAAGUCUGGACAAGUAAAAUCAAAACAACUGAAGAAAACUUCAAGGCCUGCUGCACAUCGUGGUUUCUUGGCUCGUGCUAAAGGAAUUCCAGCAUUGGAGUUGUACAAGCUUGCACGAAAGAAGAAUCGGAAACUUGUUCUUUGUGGACAUUCACUUGGUGGUGCGGUAGCAGCAUUGGCUACCCUUGCAAUUUUGAGAAUUCUUGCAACAUCUCCUCUAUCCAAAGAGCAUGAUAAAGUUCAAGUGAAGUGUAUCACUUUUUCCCAGCCACCUGUUGGAAAUGCUGAUUUGAGAGAUUAUGUUCAUAAGAAAGGAUGGCGAGACCACUUCAAAACAUAUUGCAUUCCUGAAGAUUUGGUGCCACGGAUCUUGUCUCCUGCAUAUUUUCAUCACUACAGCACCCAAACUGUGCAAACAUCUUUUGAUGCGGGUUUUACUGGUACGUCAUUUGUAAAACGUGAAGAGGAGACCAAGAAGACGAGUCUAGAAACACCUAAAAACAUUGAUGGGAAACAGCUGGUGCUGGGUUUAGGGCCUGUCCAGACAUCAUUUUGGAGACUCUUAAAACUUGUUCCCUUAGAGGGUGUCCAGAAACAUUUGCACGUAUUUAGAAGGGGUGGAAACAAAAAUGAAGAAGCAUCUUCAGUUGCAGAUAGUGGCAUGCAAUCAAUGAUUGAUGAGGCUGAAGCGCAACCACAGCCCCUUGAAAUUCAAGAGGGUCCUGAUGGGAUUUCUUUAAAUCCUCUUCCAGAUGCAGAUAGAGGACUUGUAGAAGCAAAUAGCAGCCAGAUAUAUGGGAAAAGCAGUGCUGGUGUUGGGAAUUCUAAACGAUGGCGCAGAGUUCCUUAUUUACCUUCAUAUGUACCAUUUGGACAGCUCUAUCUAUUGGGAAAUUCAUCAGUGGAGUCGCUUUCUGAUGCUGAAUACUCAAAAUUGACAUCGGUAAGGUCUGUAAUAGCAGAAUUGAGGGAGCGCUUUCAAUCACAUUCAAUGAAGUCAUAUAGAUCCCGCUUUCAGAAAGUUUAUGAUUUGUGCAUGUGCAUAAAUUCUUCACCCUUUCUAGGAAUUGAGCAGUUGCCACAAUUUCCACAUCUACUACAACUGCUUGGUCUGGGAGCUGCUGGUACUGUAGAACUUGGCCAUAUUGUGGAGCCUCCUGUUAUCCAUACAGCAACUUCUAUUGUUCCUCUUGGUUGGAGUGGUGUUCCUGGUGAGAAAAAUGCAGAACAAUUGAAAGUUGAUAUUGUUGGACAUGGAUUGCACCUAUGCACCCUUGUUCAGGCUCGAGUAAAUGGAAACUGGUGUUCAACAACAGUAGAAUCCUCGCCAUCAAUGCCUCCAUACUUAUCAAGUCAUGACAUGCAACCUGAUUUACAAAACAUGCGGCUCAUAAUUGGUGCUCCACUGAAACGGCCACCAAAGCAUCCUGUUAUAGAUGAUUCUUUGCUUCCUUUGUUUUCUUCUGGAGUCACAGAAUGUGCCAGUUCUAGUCGGGAGUCUCAAUUUGGAUCUUUCUUUGAAGAGAGAAGUGUAUGCAGUUGCAGUGAUGGUCUGAAUGGUUUUGUUGUAUAUUGUACUAGUGAUUUCAUCACUGUCUCCAAGGAGGUCCAUGUCAGAACCCGGAGGGUUCGGUUAGUUGGAUUUGAGGGUGCUGGAAAAACCUCUCUUUUGAAAGCAAUAUUUGAUCAGUAUAGAAAAAGAAAUGGUGCCAAUCCUGAGGGCAUAUAUCCAGAUGUGCAUACUGAAAGAGUAGUAGAUGGAUUGUGCUACUUAGAUUCAAGAGGAGUAAACCUUCAGGAAUUGCAUUUAGAGGCUGCUCAUUUCAAGGAAGAAUUGCAAAUUGGAUCUCGUGAUCUCUGUAGGAAGACUGAUCUGGUUAUUUUUGUGCAUAACCUAUCACAAGAGAUACCGUAUUAUCAUCCGUCAAAUAAUUCACAACCACAACCAGCACUUUCACUUCUCUUGAAUGAGGCCAAAGCUCUUGACAUCCCUUGGGUUCUUGCCAUAACAAAUAAAUUCUCUGUCAGCACCCAUCAGCAGAAAAUGUUAAUCAAUUCUGCCAUGGAGGCAUAUCAAGCACCGGCCAGUAUGACUGAAGUCAUAAAUUCCUGCCCUUUUGUUAUGGCAAGUUCUGUGAGUGGUCUGCAGUCAGUGAGUUCAGAAGAAGAAAAUUUGAACCGGAAGGAGGCUGCUCGAAGCAUUAACUUUGCUCCAAUUAACCUUGCUCGAAUGCCUUUUCAGAAGAAACCGCUUGUUAUGCCUGAACAAGGUGUCACCGCACUCCGUCAACUUGUACACCAUGUGAUCCAGAGACGUGAGGAAGCGGCUUUCCAGGAGCUUGCAAAUGAGAGGUUGUCCCUAGAAUUGGCCAAACAGCAGAAAACUUUUGUGGAUGCAAGACAUGACUCUCAGGGAAAGGGAAACUCUAUCACAGCUGCAGCAGUUGGUGCAUCACUUGGUGCUGGUCUUGGCCUUGUAAUGGCCGUAGUAAUGGGUGCAGCAUCUGCCUUGAGGAAACCUUGAUUUUGUGCAGCAUUUAGAUAUCACUUUGUUCAGUUCAGGCAGAAGCAACACCAUAUUGGUAGUGUGGUGAUAUUAUAUAAUGUAUACUUGGGAUAUUUUGGAAGAUCAGAUGUUCUUUAGCGGUGCAUUUCUCUUGAGUUUAGAUGUAUGCAUGAGCGGGCAUAUUAUGAGUUCCCAAGUCAUGCGGUCUCCAUUUUAUGUUCAUAGAGCACACCUGUACAGGUAGAAAUAGUUCCUAGAGCAUGUUGUAGAGUGUCUGAUGUGAUACCAUCAGUUUUGCAACCCAAGGGUUGAUUGGACUUCACUGUCAUGAUAAGCAUAUACAAGGGAUUAGAUGAUUAUACACUGGGCAUACCAAUUAAUUCGUGAAUUCUUAUUUUUCU